ACUGCAAAACGAGAACAUUGUCUAUUCCCAUUCAUCUCCGAACCCAAAACCCAGAACAGGCUGAACUCGUCUCCAUCAAAAACUCCCUCUUUUCUCCAAACCCUAGAAAUCUUCAUCUUCUUCCCAAAUUCGACGACCAUGUUCAGAUAAACCCUAGAAUCAAAAUCUUAAUUCUCAUCUUAAUUCUUUCAAGAUGACAACAAACGAUCAAACAAUAGCAUUCCUAGCACAAGUUGUUUCAUUCGGAGAUGGAGCUGUAUUUGGUACAGCAAUCGCUUUUGCUGCUGUGAAAGCAUGGCAGAGUUAUUUUUUCAAUUCAUCUGCUCUUAAUAAGGUUCUCCAAGCUCCGAAUGUUAGAGUCUCUGAUCUUCGACAGCUUCUUGUAAAAGAAGGAGAAGCUGCUAGUGGUGGUGGUGAUGAUGGUGGUGGUGGCGGCGGUGGCGGUGAUGGUGGUGGUGGUGGUUGGGAUGGUAAACUUGUGGUGGUUAGAGGAAUUGUUGAAGCUAAAAGAAGCGUUGAUGGUUGGAAAAGUUCAAGCCCUAAUGUUUUGAUUUCUAAAGAAGCUGGUGAAAGAGCUGUGAUUUUACAGAAUAUACAAACGUGUGUGUAUAACGAAUGGAGGGGAUUAUUAGGAUGGACUUCGGAUUUACGGACGGUUUUCCUGAGAUCAUGGAAGGAUCAGAAGUCGACAUCAGUAAGGAUGGUUCCUUUUGUGCUUCUUGAUACUGUUACUGGUCGAUCGUCAACUUCGGAUAACCUGUUUGUUAAUAUGGAUGACUCAAAACAUCCUCUACCUCUUUCAACAGUUUAUCAUAAACUAACACCAGUUCAGACUUCCUCUUACACAUUCCUCCAAGCAGUUUUUGGCCAUGCAUACCCUGUUGCUCUGUUGGAUGAGGAGAAAGUUCUUUCUGUAGGAAAGCAGAUUAGUGCAGUAGGUAUUUGUAGCUUCAAAGAUGGGGUUCCACAAAUCAAAUCAUCACAUGACCUCCCCUGUUUCUUGACUGAGAAGACUAAAGAUCAGCUGGUGGUGGAUCUGGCGUUUAAUACAAAAUGUUUAGUUUGGGGUGGACUUAUUCUAGGGUCGCUUUCAGUCGGAAUACUAGGCUAUGCUACAAUAAGGAACUGGAAAAGGUGGAAAGAAUGGAGGCAGCGAAGGGAAAAUGAGCGAGCGAGUCAAGCAGAAGCUGCUUCUGCAAUGGAUACAGAAGCUCAGGCCGAUGAAAUAGCAGGAGAAGUUCCGGAUGGGGAACUUUGCGCGGUUUGUCUAAUUAGGAGAAGAAGUGCUGCUUUUGUUCCUUGCGGGCAUAUGGUUUGUUGCUAUUCAUGUUCCCUUACAGUCAGACGAGAAUCUUCACCAAAGUGUCCUGUGUGUAGGCAGCCUGUCACGUCCUCUGUCAGGAUCUAUGCUUCUUAGGGAGGUACAUAAACCCGUGAUUACUUCAUCAAUGCCGAUAUACUGUCACUUUAUAAAUCUUUUUCGGCCCCCAAAUUCGGGAGAAUAAUUUCUUGGUUUUGAAGUGAUGUCUGUAACUGAUUGUUCAUAAGGUUUUGCAUUUUUUUGGGGUAGGUGGUAGGAGGUUGGGGAAUAUAGGGCGCUCACCAUUUGUUGAAAUGCAUUGAGUUGAGUUUCUGUUGAUAUAUACUGGAGUGAUUGAUCCCACCUUCGUAUAACAACGUAUAUACAUCUUUUUGUUGUGUUCA